AUGUCCGCGGGACGAAAGCCUGGCGUUGCGUCGGAUGAGGAGUUCGAUGCGUUCGUUGCCGCCGCCUCUGGGCGACAAAUCCUCGUCGUCGAUGCGCGCAAUCCCGAUUUUUCAAUCGAGCCGGAUGAUGCAAAGUUUGGCGCAGACGGUGGAUCGGCACCGAUUUCGCUGUGCGGUACCCCCGCGCGACCGAACUCGAUGAAUAUUCCUUACGAGCGGGCGGCGAAGCGGUUGCAACCGCGAGGGGUCGAAGCGCUCGCGGUAAAGACGGCGGGUGAUAAAACGACCCCCAUCAUCACGCACUGCGGUGGUGGCGGGCGGGGACAAAAAGCGAAGGAAGCCCUCGAAGUGUUGGGGUACACGAAUGUCAUCAAUGGUGGAGGACCCGCCGUCGACGAUCUUUGGAUAAAGUUUGGCGAGUUGUAA